AUGUUCACAAAUGGAAUGAGUGAAAGCAUGUCCUCGGAGGUUACUUUAAGAGAUGUGCCACCAGAAGCUUUCAAGGCUAUGCUUGAUUGUUUAUAUGAUGGACAAUUGCAUGACAAAGUUAUAGAUUCUGGUGCUUUGUUGCUCCAACUCCUUUUAUUAGCUGAUCAAUUUGGAGUGACUUUUCUGCAACAAGAAUGCUGCAAAAUGCUUUUAGAAUCUCUCUCAGAGGACUCUGUAUGUCCACUUCUUCAAGUGCUUUCUUCAAUCCCAUCAUGCGGACUUAUUAAAGAAUCAUUACAGAGGAGAAUUUCCAUGAACUUUGACUAUUAUAUCAGUGCGAGUACUGACUUUGUUGUAUUAGAUGAGACAACUUUUAUCAAUAUCAUUAAGCAUCCGGAUCUGACAGUAACAUCUGAAGAAAAAGUCCUUAAUGCAAUCCUUAUGUUUGGCAUGAAUUGUAAAGAGUUGUUUGGGUGGGAAGUGGUGGAUCAGUUUCUUGUAAAUUCAAAACCUGAACUCCUUUUUGGUGACAGACUUCAGUUAGUAUAUGGCUUGUUGCCGUUUGUGCGAUUUUCACUACUACAAUAUUCCUUACUUGAGAAGUUGCAGAAUAGCAACAUUGGCCAGCGUAUCUCCGUUUUCCAAAAUCUUGUUAAUGAGGCAAUCAAUUUUGUUAAAUAUGGGCUAGCAGGGCUAGAAAAUGAAGAGAAGAAUUUUGAUCACAUAAUCUAUAGGAUGAUACUCUCUCUCUCUCAAGCUCCAUACUCUAUCCUUCCUCUUCUUUCUUGUUUUCUUUCUCCAGAUAGCCGUUAUAGGGUGCAUGCCUGUGGUGUUUGGGGUGGGAUAAUAAUGGAUAUGGGAAAUGUUCGAUUCCAACAUAGACGGUCCAGUUACAAGGAACUCCAGUAUAUUUGCGAUGGGGAUGACCAUGGAGUUCUAUACUUUGCUGGCACAUCCUAUGGUGAACACCCUUGGGUUAAUCCUCUUUUGGCUGAGCCAAGGAAAAUUACCAUAACAGCCAGCAGCCCCCACUCAAGAUACACGGAUCCCAAGGUUUUGGUCUCGAGAACCUACCAGGGAACAUGCUUUGCUGGGCCCCGUUUGGAAAGUGGACAGAAUUGUACCUGGUGGAUGGUUGAUCUUAGCCAAGAUCAUCAGCUUAUGUGCAACUACUAUACCCUAAGACAAGACGGUUCCAAGGCCUUCCCCAGAUGUUGGAAUAUUGAGGGCUCACAGGAGGGGAAGAGCUGGACGAAGUUGCGGGUCCAUGAAAAUGACCGGAGUGUAUGCAAACCUGGUCAGUUUGCCUCUUGGCCCAUAAUUGGCCCCAACGCUCUGCUUCCCUUCAGGUAUUUCCGGGUUGUUCUCACUGGACCCACCACCGAUGCCACCAAUCCCUGGAAUCUCUGCAUUUGUUACUUGGAACUCUAUGGCUACUUCCUCUGA